GAUUAUCCAUUGGUGAAAUUAAUCGAACGUAUACACAAAAAGAAUGUCAAAAAAGCCACGUGUUGAAUUCAUUCAAAAUGCCGAACCAUCAUUUAUACGUGAAUUUAAAGAACGUGCGGGUAUACCUGCAGCCGAUACGAUUGAAUCAAAGAGAAAGCAGUUAGAAAUUGAUGACAAAGAUGAUGGUGAUGAAAAUCGUCCAGAAGAAGAACAACCUCAAAUAGUUUAUGAUCCAUGCUCAAAUGUUGAUGAACUGGAGGCAAGAGCAUUUAUUAAACAAUGGCAAUAUGAACAUAAACUUGGCUAUAUACCAAUUGAAGAUGAGAAUAUGAAAAAAGCGAAUUUAGAUGUACCAAAUCGGAUUAUAUAUCGAUCUGCUGAAGAACGUAACGCUUCUCCUACUCCUGGAAGUAUGACCACCAAUGGUAGUGGUCAAUUGCACAUGGAGGGUUUAACACGAGAUCAUGGGAGAAAUAAUGAUAAGAAGAACACGAAAAAGAACCCUAACAGUCAUGAUAAUAGUCGAUCCCAAAAAAAGCAUGAUCGAGAUCGUUCUCCACUUGACUCAAAACGAAAAGAUACAAAGUGUUCAUUGUUAUCAUUUGAUUUAGAGGCUGAAGAGGAAGAUGAGGGAUGAAAACUCAUCAUUUUGUAUGUCUGUGUGUGUGUGUGUGUGUGCCAUUUAUACUUUGUAAUAUAUAUAACCAGGAUAUCAUUCUUUUUUUAUUAACUUGUAAAUUCUCAUUCAUGAAAAGUGUAUAUUAAUUAGUUUUGCACACAUGUCGUAUAAUGUGAAGGCUAAUUUCACAUAGAAUGUUUAUAAUUCAUAAUUGUAAACGUGUGAUAUAAGAUAUAUGUGUGCUAUAAAUUUAUAUGCGUAUACACAUAUUCAUGUGUUAUAAGUUAUUCUUUAUUGUGUAUGAUUUUUAUGAAG